ACUAAUAAAGAAAACCAGCAUGGCGACAUGCAAAUUUGUUUCUACUGACUGAUGUGUUGUGUUUUAUUUUCAUUUUAUUUCAUUUGUAAAUGUGCACUGAGCUCUGAGUCUGUCUAAAGUGGACUGCAGUGUAUAAUAAAUAAAUAAGAAAUACUGACGUGAAUUAUACUUUAGCAGACCCCCUGUGACAAGUCAUCUCUUCUGUCACUUUGUGGUCUUCACUCUCUGAGCUCCUGUCUCACAUUAACUGUUCACCCUCAGUGUCUCCUCAGAUGUUCUCUCUGUGAGCUCUCAGCUUUCUCAUUAAAUCUCCUCCUCCUCCUCACUGAGCAAAGACAAACUUUCACUUUUGUUUCUUCACAAGUCACUUCCUUGUUUGUCUGACUGAUUCUCUCUGCCUGCCUCUCCUCAGACUGACGAUGGCUGAAGCCCAGCUGUUUGUAUCACAGGAUGAGUUCACCUGCUCGGUGUGUCUGGACACCAUGACUGACCCCGUCACCAUCCCCUGUGGACAUAAUUUCUGUCUGAAGUGCCUCACGGACUACUGGGAUCAGAGCCAAGUAUGCAGCUGUCCUCAGUGCAGACAAACCUUCAUGCUGAGGCCUGAACUGAAGAGAAACAAUCUACUGAAUGAAGUCAUCAGGAAAUUAAAGAAGAAGGCACUCAGUCCUCCUCCUCCUCCUCCACCUAAGAAUUAUGCUGGACCUGGAGACGUGGAGUGUGACUUCUGUACUGGGAAGAAGUUCAGAGCGGUGAAGUCCUGUCUCACCUGCAUGGUGUCCUGCUGUCAGUUUCACCUGAAGCCUCACUAUGAACGAGACGCCCUGAAGCACCACAAGCUUGUUGAUCCUGAUAGAAAUCUGAAGGAGAAACUCUGUGAGAAACAUCAGAAACGUCUGGAAAUAUUUUGUAAAACUGAUGAGACGUGUAUCUGCUUGAUGUGUGUGGUGACUGAACAUAAAAAUCAUGAAAUGGUCGAGCUGGAGACAGAAAGAGAAAAUAAAGAGAAACAGCUGGGGGCGACACUGAGUGACAUCAAUAGGAGACUUGAGGAGAGAGAGAAGACACUGAAGGAGACGAGGAGGAGGAUGGACGAAAUGAAGAUGUAUGUGCAAAGAGACGUGGAAGAAAAUGAGAAGAGCUUCACUGCUCUGAUACGGUGCAUUGAGGAAGCCGACAGGAAACUGACUGAGAGGAUCAGAGAACAAGAAAAGAGAGAAAUGGAGAAGGCUGGAGGAGUCAUGGAGCAACUGGAGAAGGAGAUUGAGGAUCUGAAGAGGAGAGAAGCUGAACUGAAGGAGCUUUCAGAGACCAAGGACCAUCUCAACUUCCUACAGACUUUCUCAUCUCGCUGUGGCCUUCCUGCUGAAGGAGACUUGCUGAGCUUCACUGUCACCACUGAUUUCUCAUCUGAGAACCUGAGAAAGGAGCUGUCAGGUCUGAAAAAGAGUCUGGAGAAGAUCAGCCGGGAGGUUAUCAUGACAAGGACACCUUCAGGAGCUCCGCACCUUAAACCAUCUGUGCUGGGCAGGCUGCUAGGACACCAGCGUGUAAAACUGAACAAGAGUGGAGGAGCCCGUACUGGCCAUGAUACAGCUCCAGGUGUGCCAGGACUCACCGCGCCUCACAAUGCUCACCCGCUACGAGGCCCCAUGUUUCCAUGGCAGCGCCUUCAACGCACAAACGCUCAUGAAGCUCCAGUUUUCUCCCUCCAGCCUCCUGAACCUCAGAGCAGAGAUGACUUUUUAAAUUACUUCUGUCCCCUCACACUGGACAUCAACACGGCAAACAGAGAGCUCCGUCUGUCUGAAGGGAACAAGAAGGUGACAUGUGAUGGGAUAAAAGCCAAAUAUCCUGAUCAUCCUGACAGAUUUGACUGCUGGCCUCAAGUUCUGUGCAGAGAGGCUCUGACUGGGACUCGCUGUUACUGGGAGGUGGAGUGCAGUGGAGACUUCAUGGAGAUUGGAGUCGCAUAUAAAGGACUGAGCAGGAAAGGAGGGGGCGAGGAGUGUGGCCUUGGAAUCAAUGAUAAGUCCUGGUGUUUGCAGUGCUCUGAUUCCCAGUACUCUGUGCAUCACAAUAACCAGGAGACUGAAAUCAGCGCCCCCUACAGCCCCAGAAUAGGUGUGUAUCUGGACUGGCCUGCUGGCUCUCUGUCAUUUUAUAGCAUCUCACACACAAUGACCCUCCUGCACAGGUUCAACACCUCCUUCACUGAGCCCCUCUAUCCAGGGUUUUAUCUUGAUCCUCACUGCAGUGUAACAAUCAGCCAUCUAACAACAUGUGACCAAUGACCAGUACACUCCACCGGUCAUUUGAUGUCCCCACAAGCGCAGGUCCUCUUUGUGUUUGUAGUUUGGGAUUAAAAUUAAAUUUACAAGAAUCAGCACCUCUGUAAUUGAAUUUCUGGAUGAGAAUGAGGCGAGUGCGGCUGUCAGGGUCUCCAUUAUUAUUGGGUUUGAGCAGCCAAUCAGGUGUGUGUGUCAUAAUGAGGGGCGGUGACACCUCAGACCUACAAAUACCAGUCUGACCAGCGGGGGUCACUGUUGAUUCACAGCCACAUGUCCUUCAGGCUGACACCCCAACAACUACUGAGGCCCCCAAGUGUCACUGAAUGUCAACUGUUAAGUAGGACAGGCAUGUGGUCCUGCUGGAUCAGCACAACUGAAAGGCGCUAUACAGACUCAGUAUGGAGAGAUCUUGAAUAGUGACUAUAUGUAGGAGCAGAGAGUGACAGAUGGGACUGGAGUGUUGUCUCCUCACCA